CUAGGGCCUUUAGAGAGUUCUUGGGGUGAAGCAGGCAAGAAUUCUUGCGGACCCCUGUGGCCUUCUUACCGGGAAGGGUUGGAGAGGAGAUCCGGGGGAGUCGACUCUGGGUGGCACCGGUGAAGUAGGGGCGGGAGCGUGGCUUGUGGCAAUGAAGUCUUAACCUAUUUCUGCACUAACACCAGUUGCGGGACAGACAUCGGGCCCGCUUUGGUUUGGGAUUUGUUUGCAAGUUUUGAGUGUGAAAAAAAAAAAAAAAGUUAUCCAGUUAGCCGGUGCCGAAGCUGAUCUACCGCCUCCAGCCCUCCAGUUCGGAAAGAACGUUAGCGGUCCGGUUGCUCUGCAGGUCUUCUGUCCAUUACCUCGAAAUCCGCUUUACGCGGUUUCCAGGAGAAGGAAUGUCUCCCUCCCCAUGGCCCCUGGAGCGAGUGGAUACUCCUCUAAGCAGAAAGCCCUGAUAUCCUUAUUUACUGAGGAUCCAGCCUUCUUCCUCCCUUCUUACAAAUCUUCCUUUCUCGGUGAACUUAUCCACACGUUCAGCCAGGAGUUCCCAGUCUUCUGCUGUGUCCGCUUGUCUCUUCCCUGCACAUGGCUACAGCAGCUACCAGCCCCAGUUCACCUCUCCGCUCAGAGGACCUCCUGAGCGACUCAUCAGAGCCUCCUGGGUUGAACCAGGUGUCCUCGGAGGUCACCUCCCAGCUCUAUACCUCUUUGCAUCUCAGCCGUCAGGCGGAGGCGACAGCCCGAGCCCAGCUGUAUUUGACUUCCACCUCCUCACCUCCUAAUGAGGGCUUAGACAGCUUGGCUCAAGAACUGAGCCGAAGCUUGUCAGUUGGACUGGAGAACAACUUGAAGAAAAAGGUGAGAGAGGAUGGGUCUAAACAUAUCUUUGAGAUGGAAAGUGUUCGGGGUCAGCUCCAGACCAUGCUCCAUACCUCACGUGAUACUGCCUAUCCAGGGGAUCCCCUCGUUCCAGGACCUGGCUCCGAGAGACAGGAAGGGGACUCCUUUGACAGCGACAGCACAGCGACCUUGCUCAACACGCGACCUCUGCAAGACCUGUCUCCAUCCAGUUCAGCCCAGGCACUGGAAGACUUGUUUCCUCGAUAUACCAGCCUUCGGCCAGGGCCCCCCACCAACCCCCCAGAUUUUCAGGGCCUGAGAGAUGCACUGGACUCAGAACUUACCCGCCGCAAGCAUUGUGAGCGCCACAUUCAGAGCCUGCAGACUCGGGUGCUGGAGUUGCAACAGCAGCUAGCUGUGGCUGUGGCUGCUGACCGCAAGAAAGAUAUCAUGAUCGAACAACUAGAUAAGACCCUGGCACGAGUGGUAGAGGGCUGGAAUCGUCAUGAGGCCGAGCGGACAGAGGUGCUGCGUGGACUUCAAGAGGAACGCCAGGCAGCAGAGCUCACCAGAAGCAAGCAGCAGGAGACAGUAACCCGCCUGGAACAAAGCCUUUCUGAGGCCAUGGAAGCCCUAAAUCGUGAGCAGGAGAGUACCAGGCUACAGCAGAAGGAAAGAGAGGCACUGGAAGAAGAGAGGCAAGCGCUGACUCUGAGGUUGGAAGUGGAGCAGCAGCAGGGCCGGGCCCUCCAGCAAGAGCGGGAUGAGGCUAGGGCUGGGCAGCUCAAUGAGCGCCGCAAGCUGGAGGCCCUUCAAGUUGCUCUAGAGGAAGAAAGGCAGGCCUGGACCCAGCAGGAGCACCAGCUGAAGGACCGCCUUCAGGCUCUGCGAGAGGAAAGCCAGGCUCAGCUGGAAAGAGAGAAGGGGACCAGCCAGAGGGAGGCCCAGGCAGCCCGGGAAGCCCAGCAGCAGCUGGUACUGCUGCAGUCUGAGGUGCGGCGGCUGCAAGGGGAGCUGGACACAGUCCGGAGAGAGAGAGACGCACUGCAGUUGGAGAUGAGCUUGGUCCAGGCCCGGUACGAGAGCCAGCGGAUCCAGAUGGAGUCUGAGCUGGCUGUACAGCUGGAGCAGCGGGUGACCGAGCGCCUGGCCGAAGCUCAAGAGAGCAGCCUGCGGCAGGCCGCCUCCCUGAGGGACCACCACAGGAAGCAGCUGCAGGAACUCAGUGGGCAGCACCAGCAGGAACUGGCCACCCAGCUGGCUCAGUUCAAGGUGGAAAUGGCUGACCUGGAGGAGCGGCAGCAGCAGGUGCUUCAGGACUACGAGCUCAGACUGGCAAGGGAGCACGCUCGAGUGCGGGACCUGAAGAGUGGCACCCAGCAGCUGGAGGAGCAGCGGGUGGAGCUGGUAGAAAAGCUCCAGGCCAUGCUGCAGGCCCACUGGGACGAGGUCAGCCAGCUGCUCAGCGCCACACUCCUGCCUCCCAACCUCCAGGCUCCUCCUGCUGAGCCCUCUAGCCCCGGGCCUCUGGAGCCAGAGAAGGGGGACAGGAGGAUCUGGGCAGUGCCUCCAGUGGCUGUGGCCCUGAAGCCUGUGUUGCAGCAAAGCCGAGAAGUGAGGGAUGACCUGCCUGGAGCACCUUCCGUUCUCUGUAGCACCUCCCCAGAUCUUAGCCUCCUGCUGGGACCCCCUUUCCAGAACCAGAACUCCUUCCAGUCCCUGGAGCCCAAACCUGACGUGGCUCCACCCUCAGAUGGACCCUUCUCUGAACUGGAGACCUUCACUGCUGACCAUAGACCAGAACGACCAUUUCCUGAGGAAGACCCUGGGUCUGAUGGUGAUGGCCCCCUAAAACCAGGGCUGCCACCUGCUUCUCAGCUCGAAGGCCUUAAGAAUUUUUUGCAGCAGCUGCUGGAGACAGCACCUCAGAGCAAUGAAAACCCCCCUGCCGACCUGUUGGCCCCUAAGUCUGGUUCUCGGGCUGUCUCAUCUUGGGAGGAAACACCUCAGGUGCCACGCCUCCCACCUCCUGUCCACAAAACCAAAGUUCCCUUGGCCAUGGCGUCUAGUCUUUUCAGGGUCCACGAGCUUCCCUCAUCCCAUUUACAAGGCAGUGGUCUCAGCACUGGCUCCCCAGAGAGAGGCACAGAUAGGCUCAGCUCCCCAAGGCAGCUGAUGGAGGUGUCUGAGCUGCUACGGCUGUACCAGGCUCGGGGUUGGGGCGCUCUGCCUGCCGAGGACCUGCUGCUGUACCUGAAGAGGCUGGAACAUGGCGGGACUGACAGCCAAGGGGAGCUUGUCCCCAGAAGAAACACAGACUCCCGCUUGGGUGAGAUCUCCCGGAAAGAGAUCCCCUCCCAGGCCGUCCCUCGACGCCUUGCUUCAGCCCCUAAGACUGAAAAGCCUGCACGGAAGAAGAGUGGGCAUCCCGGCCCCAGCAGCAUGAGGAGUAGAGGAGGCAUCUGGAGAUGAGCCGCCCUUCGCCUUGCCUUGUUCUGCUCCCUCUACUCUCUGUCUGAAUCAGAGGAAGUGGGGAAAUGGAGGAGUUGUAGGAAGCUACUGUGUAAAGAAACCUUUAAGAAUACUGCUUGAGUAUUCUUUUUUUGAGUAUCUUUAAAGAAUAUCGUAUUUCUUUGAGGCUGGUGUGUGACUAGAAGUAUGUGUGGGCUGAGGCUCAGUGUAUGCUUGCAGUAGUUAACUGAUCAGGAGCAGAAUUAUGAGUGACUUCUUUUUUAUACAUUUUGUAUUUUCUAAAGUAAGUAUGUAUGUAUUUAGU